AUGAUGUUCGACCCGCUUGGCUUUAUUUCGCAUUUUCUAAUGUACUUGAAGGUACUACUGCAGGAGAUCUGGAGAACCUCGGUUGAAUGGGAUACGCCGAUCGAAGAGCCACAGUUCCAGAAGUGGCUGAUGUGGUUGAAGGUUCUGCCGGAAGUCACCAACGUCCAGAUCCCUCGAUGUUACAGAUUAUCUACGUCUCUAGGGAGUAACGUUCAAAUGCACACGUUUGUCGACGCGAGUGAGAGUGGCUUUGCAGCGAUCGUGUAUCUCCGUUUCGAAGAAGGGGACUUGAUAGAAACCGCACUUGUCAGCACGAAAACGAGAGUUGCCCCGUUAAAAUUCCUCUCCAUUCCUCGUUCAGAGCUGCAAGCCAGCAUCUUAGGAGUUCGCUUAGCAAACAGCGUUGCCCAAUCGCUAUCUACGAAGAUAUCAGAGCGCUACUUCUGGACCGACUCCAGAGAUGUUCUAUGCUGGAUAAACUCUGAUCAUCGCCGGUACAGCCCAUUCGUGGCAUUUCGAGUGAGCGAGAUUCUGGAGACUACCGAUGCGAAGCAGUGGAGGUGGGUUCCAACGAAACAGAACGUGGCUGACGAAGGAACUAAAUGGACACGCCAUCCCGAUCUCAAUCCGUCCAGCCGCUGGUUUCAAGGACCAGAGUUUCUUCGGAAAUGUAAAGCAGAUUGGCCUACUACUCCUCGAUGUGGAACGACAGAUACGGAGCUGCGAGCUCACCUGUUAACGCACGCUCCCGCAACAGAACCUGUCAUUGACCCGCAGAACUUCUCAACGUGGACAACCAUGCUCCGAAGCACGGCGUACGUUUUUCGAUACAUAUUCAACUCAAAGCAGAUGAUCAGCACGAAUCAACGAAACGGUGGGCCGCUGACGCAGCAAGAAUUAAUUAGAGCUGAAAGUUUUCUUCAUCGUCUCGCCCAGCAGAGCGAAUACGCUGACGAAAUUGCUACUCUCUACGGUAAUCGCCUGAGUGGAACUGAGGUGAAGUCCAUCCCAAAGAACAGCUCUAUCGCCUACUUCUGUCCUUUCCUUGAUGAAAAGGACCAGUUGAGAGUUCGUGGCCGGACCGGUGCAUGCCCGUCGAUCAACUACGACGCAGUCAAUCCUAUCAUCCUUCCAGGCAAACACCGCAUCACUCGUCUGAUACUGCUCUACUACCAUCGCAAGUACCACCACCAGAACCAUAACACUGUCCUCAACGAGGUUAGACAGCGGUACAGGAUCCCCCGCCUCAAGUCAGUCUACAAUACAAUUCGGAAACAAUGCCAGAAAUGCAUGAACGAAGCGGCAACUCCACGACCGCCAGCCAUGAGCGACUUGCCACCAGCACGUCUGGCCGCCUACUCACGUCCGUUUACACACAUGGGAGUGGAUUAUUUCGGCCCGAUCUUGGUUUCCGCAAACCGUAAAACAGAAAAACGCUGGGUGCUGAUAGCUACCUGUCUGACCAUCCGUGCCAUACACUUGCAAAUUUCACACACACUCAGUACCGAUUCCUGCAUUCUGGCUUUACGUAACGUCAUAGGUAGGAGGGGUACACCGGCAGUCAUCUAUAGUGACCAAGGGACCAAUUUUCGUGGUGCUAGUAAGGAACUGAAGGCUGCUCUCGAAAGUCUGGAUCGGGAACGCCUGAUGACCGAGUUCACUACUACCCACACUAGCUGGAGUUUCAACCCACCAGCCUCCCCGCAUAUGGGCGGAGCGUGGGAACGUCUAAUCCGCACAGUCAAACAGAAUCUCUGUAAGCUACUGUCGAAUCGCCCGAUCUCCUACGAGAUCCUGGAAAACGCGCUGAUAGAAGUGGAGAGUAUAAUCAAUUCGCGACCACUGACCAGUAUACCUUUGGAAGACGACGACUCGCCCGUGCUCACCCCAAACGACUUUUUGCUAGGCUCGUCUAGUGGAUUGAAGCCAUGGGUACAUCUCGACGACAACCCUACAAUGCUUCGAAACUGUUGGCGGCUCUCCCAAGCUUUGGCCAACCAAUUCUGGAAACAAUGGAUACGCGACUAUCUACCAUCGAUCACUCGCAGAACCAAAUGGCUCGAACCAGCGAGACCCAUUAAGACCGGUGACAUCGUAAUAAUUGCUGAUCCGAACUUCCCGCGAAACUGCUGGCCAAAAGGACGGGUUAUAGCCACGAAACCAGGAGUAGACGGUCAAGUGAGAUGGGCAACAAUUCAGACCGCCAGCGGCAUCUACGAGCGUCCAGCCGUGAAGCUCGCUGUUCUAGACGUGGGCGUCUGUCAGCAUACGCCUCAGGAUGACCAUCGGCGUAUUCCGGGGGGGAAUGUUGAUCCCGCCACGUCCAAUGAUCCGCCGAGCCCCAAUGCUCCUAUUGCUACUAACGCUCAUGCGUCAACUCAGCUACACCCAUGCCCCAAUAAAGGGAUCGUCGAUGGAGCUAAUGGUCAAAAGAAAGUCACCAAAGCAGAGAAACGUCAAUAG